UAGUUUCUCUCUCUACCUCAUUAGCUCCGUUAGGCCACCUGCUUUUUGUUCCUCAUUACACACAGCCAUGAAAACGAAAAUCCCUCCUUCGUCAAUUCCAAUGCCGCCUCCACUCCUUCAAUAAAAACCCUCAAUCACUGCAUUUUCUUCAAUCCCCAAUGGCACCGCCAUUGAAGCUCAACCAAUCCUCCUCCACCUCCUCUCACGACGCUCACGACGCCCAUCUCCUCGUCCGCGAGACCCUCCGAAUCAGCGCCAACCUCGCCUCCUCCUCCUCCGCCACCCUUGUGGCCGCCGAGAGCACUCGAUUCAGGCCCGAGGCUGCCAACUUGGGCUUUGUCGAUGAACAAUUCGUUGAUUCGAGCUUGAGAUUGAUUUGUUGCGAAGAGAUCGAUGGCCGUCGCUGGAACUACUUCGCGGAGAAGAAUGGAUCCUCCAACCAAUUCAACAAGGGAUCAAUUCGUGCUGUGACCUUGCAGACUCCUCAGGCCCCUGUUGAGGAAUUGAUUUCAUUCAUAAGAUCUUAUGUUGUGCCAGAAGGCUUUCCUGAUAGUGUUAUCCCAUCAUAUGUGCCAUACAUGACAUGGAGGGCUUUAAAGCACUUUUUUGGUGGAGCAAUGGGUGUUUUCACAACACAAACGCUUUUGGGUUCAGUUGGAGUCUCCAAAAACAGAGCUACUCCAGGUGCUGUAGCCAUCAAUUGGAUUCUCAAGGAUGGUGCUGGUCGGGUAGGAAAAAUGCUUUUUGCUCGGCAAGGGAAGAAAUUUGAUUAUGAUCUAAAACAGCUUCGCUUUUCUGGUGAUCUUCUAAUGGAACUAGGUGCUGGGAUAGAAUUGGCAACUGCAGCUGUGCCACACCUUUUUCUGCCUUUAGCUUGUGUUGCCAAUGUAGCCAAGAAUGUGGGUGCUGUCACAUCAACAUCUACUCGCACUCCAAUCUACAAAGCCUUUGCUAAAGGAGAAAACAUUGGGGAUGUUACUGCAAAGGGAGAAUGUGUGGGCAAUAUUGCUGAUCUGCUUGGAACUGGGUUGAGCAUCAUGAUGACAAAAAGAAAUCCCUCCCUAGUCACAACAUUUGCCUUCCUUUCAUGUGGAUACCUUUGUAGCUCCUACCAAGAGGUUAAAUCUGUUGUGUUGCGUACGCUGAAUCGAGCCAGGUUAAAUGUGGCUAUAGAUUCCUUCCUAAAGACAGGGAGAGUUCCAACACUGGAGGAGGGAAAUAGGAUGGAAAAAAUAUUCAGUUUUCCCUGGUCAAAAGAGAGGCCUGUUGUUCUUGGACCGAGAUUUAAGGAUGCAUUCCAAGACCCAAAUUCAUAUCUUGCCAUAGAGCCUAUCUUUGAGAAAGAGAGAUAUAUAGUAACAUAUAAUCCUUCAAAGGGAAAUAUAUAUGCAUUGCUCAAGGAUCAAGCAAAAUCUGAUGACAUUUUGAAAGCUGCUUUCCAUGCUCAUGUUCUCCUGCAUAUCAUUCGCUCAUCAAAUCAGGGCCAGCCUUGUCCCAGAAAGCAUCGAGAAAAUGAUCAUACGGUGUUUAUGCCUUCUAUUGCUGAUCUUGAAGCUCAUAUUGCUGAAUCUUAUAAGAUCGUCUCAGCUUUAUAUGGGCCUUUUAAGAGCAAAGCUACAGAACAGGGUUGGGUGAUGUCAGAAUCGCUACUUAAUCCUGGACGAGCUCGGCUCUGUGACAGAGUUAAUUAAGGCAAUUUGUUCACACUUAAAUCUGUAUAUGGAAACUUGUGUUGGGGCAGCAAGCUAGUGCUCAGGUUGCUGCUGAUACUUUUUGACACUUUUGUGGACAAAGACCAUGAAGGCAUGUAUAUCUUGCACGGGGGCCUUUCCGGGAUAAUGGGAACUGUGAUUUUCAGAAAAUUCUCCAUGUUAGGGGCACAAAUAUGCAAAAUAUGCUUUCUGUGCUCGAUCUGAUGUAGCAGACCUUGCUGCACGGUGAAGACAACAGCAUGGUACAUGUGGGACAUCAGUCUAAUAGGUAAAUAUGCAGUUACCAUAGAGUUGUAGAGUGUAAUGGUACCCAAAAACAAAGAGUACAUUUAGGUUUUCUGUUCAUGGUUUUGUUUUGUUUUGUUUUCGGUUUGUUGUUCUCUUUAGAAAGCCUGCGUAUAUAAUAUCCAGGGGACAUUGAAAUAAUUUUGUGGUAAUAGAUGUCUCUACUUGUGUUAAAUUUGUUUAUCAUUUAUUUUGGGUAAUUAUCCAUGUAGCCUUGUAUUUGAGCUGGAGCCUUUUGCAAGUGUUUUUGGAUUUGUGAAGCCAA